AGGGCGGCGGAGCUCACUGAUGAGGGAACGGAUUUAUCAGAUUUAACUUCUUGAGGUCGACUACAUAUACCUUGUAAUUUCUACGGUAUUGUUGGUCUCGUAAUUUUUGUAAUAUUUACAGCAUAUUUUUAAAAAAAUUGCUGCCGCAUUUUUUAUAACAAAACCAUUCCUGUUUGUGAACUAGCAAAUCGAUUUUGAAGUGAAUUUAGCAACGUUAGCUACACAGCUAGCAAUUGUACAUCAGUAUUAUGUCAUUUUUAGUUUAAAUGUUUGUCUCUUGUACAUUUAUGAACAGUUGAAAACUGUUUGAACGAUCGCAGUUCUUUAAAUCUCGAUGAACGGGCGAUUAUUUAACGAAUAAAUAAAGUCAGACUGCCUCUGCGACUGGGAACAACUGUCAAAACAAAUCUCAUAUAACUGUAAAGUCACAAAUCUAAGCAGAUGUAUGUGUUGCAUUGUAUUUCCCUCCGCUUUUUUUUGUUUCAAUUUCGUCACACAAAUGAAAACCUUUGUUGUCGACGAUUAGACACACGAGGAACUUGGUAUUUAGUGUUGACGUAAUGUUACAGUUGUUAUUGUUUAGGAAAACUUUCCUGUGGCAUUUACUAAUUAAGAUUGUACAUUUUCACUUUCACUUUGCAGGUGCAGAUCCCAGAGAGAUAAGGGGGACGUCUAUAUAUUAUUUAUUUUAUUUUUAUUUAUUCUUUUAUUUCGUGAGCAUGGUCUCGCAGUUUCACAGUGAAAGAAUAUUUGUGAAAUAAAUAUUCUCACCUAGAAUUAAUGUGCUGCUAAUUUGUUUAGGGGCAAGUAUGCCAAACUUUUCAAUUACUUUCCUGAAUUUAGUUUUUAGUAUUUUUAUAUGAUUUAUCCUGACACUUUGUUUUAUAUUAGUUUUGUUUUAUAAUGUUUUUAAAUAAUUGUUAAAGACCCAGUUUAAACAUUUUGUGACACAUUUUUCGUUCCUUUAUACAUUCCUCUUUUUGCACAUCAUAAUGCAGGCUCCAGUUCCACCUUCCUCCAUCAGACCAGCCGUGGCCCCAUCAGUAGAGCUGGGUGUCACAGUUCUUUACACUUGUCUUUAUGGUGGUCUGUUCUUAGUUGUAUUCAUUCAGCUCUGGUUGCUGUUACUCUACCGGCACAAACGAUGGAGCUACCAGAGUGUUUUUCUUUUUCUUUGCCUGUUUUGGGCAGCCCUUCGCACAACACUCUUUUCGUUUUAUUUUCGUGACGCCCUUGCUGCCAACCACCUGCCCACCCCGGUCUACUGGCUCCUUUAUUGUUUUCCGGUGUGUUUGCAGUUUUUCACCCUAAGUCUCUUCAACCUUUUCUUCACUCAGGAAUUACUCAAAGUUAGAAGUUUUUUCAACAUUGAGCCUAGCAAAGGACUAUGGUUGGCUCGCUGUGUGUAUGUAGCCAUGAGUGCAGCCUUCCUGUGUGUCAACAUAGUUUGCGCGAGUUUCGGAAAGCAUGGAGGAACUGGUGGAGCUGGUGACAAAGUGUGGAACCUGGUUUUAGUUCGGGUGCUGGUUAACGACCUACUCUUUAUUCUGGAAGCUGUGUGCCUGGCCACAUCUCUGCUCCUAUUAACUCGAUUUUCUUCCCACACCACCCCUUAUCUACACAAUAAGGGGCUUUGUCGUACUGCAGUGCUGGGAGCAGGUGUAAUCCUACUCUUCUCCACUAGGGCUUGCUACAACCUCGCAGUGCUGUUUUUGUCUGAGAAUCAUAAAGUAGAGGCCUUUGAUUAUGACUGGUACAACAUCUCUGAUCAGGCUGACCUUCGCAGUGAACUUGGAGAAAGAGGCUACAUUAUUUUUGGAGCUGUUCUCUUCAUUUGGGAGUUGCUACCGACCAGUUUGCUCAUUCUCAUCUUCAGAGUUCACCAGCCUCCUCAAGAAAAGAUCUACAGCCCACCCAUGAGCAACACACAAAUCUCAAGGUCAUAUUUCUUUGAUGAUCCUCCUGGAAUGGAUGAUUCAGGUUCUCUCUGGAGUCACAGCAUAAAUCCUUAUAGCUGUUGGUUUGGGUCCAGUGAGUCGACUCCUCUCCUCUUUAAUAAGACUGAUCAGAACAGCCAGCAUCACUCCCUCUACUCAACUCCACAGACCUGACCACUAUGCAUAGCUGCAGAGAUUUUCCUCUGAUCUUCUCAGGCAAUAGAACAGCAAUACCUCUUCCUAUUGAGUAGCUCAAUAGGUAUUUUUGCACUAAUAUGCAUCAGAUGCACAUGAACUUCUGAAAUUGCACCUUGAUUUUGUAAAGCUGACCACUAUUUUAGACAAGACGCUUCUCAUAAAAGGGACCAGUUAAUGAUUUUAUUAUCUGGAAGUGUGUUUUUACCAUAUUUUCAAAUUUGAUUGGAAUUGUCUGGUACUUAUGAUCUUCCACUUUAAAAGGGAACAAUACUUUAGGUAUUAGCCUUGUAUUUGAUAAUCUGAAAACCCUGAUAUGUGAAGUUAUUUUAAUAAUAAAUUAAUUUAAA